CGCAACGAUAAAUUCCGAGGUUUAGGUCAAUUCUUUCCGCAUGCGUUGAUUGAUAUCUUGUACAUGUAUUUCCGGUAACAAUAUUGUCAUUAGACUAAGUGUACAAGGUGGCAUAAAACAAUAACUUUCAGCUUCUACGGAUUUGGUUUGUGUUUGCCAUGGUCAUUUGAAUAAACAAUCAUGAAUAUAGGAACAGCUACAAGUGAAGAAAAUCCCACACAUGUGUACUUUGGUACUCGUGGGUUCUGGAUAACAUACACUAUAAUCGUGUUGUUCUGUCAUUUCUUAUUAUUGAGUAUGCCUUUCUUCUCAACGGCUCUGGCAUGGACAGUCACAUGUGUAUUCCACAGUGCGUUUACGUAUAUAAUGUUGCACAACACAAAGGGAACCCCAUUUGGCACCCCAGAACAGGGGAAAGCAAGAUCACAGACAACAUGGGAACAGAUUGAUUGUGGACAACAGUUUACACCAACAAGAAAAUUUUUGACGAUUGUGCCUAUAGUUUUAUUUUUUCUUGCAAGUUUCUAUACCAAGUAUGACACAGUACAUUUUAUCUUCAAUCUUGGAGCCCUUGGAUUUGGAGUUAUACCAAAACUGCCACAGUUACAUGGUGUGAGAAUAUUUGGAAUUAACAAGUGGUAAACAACCAAUCAGAAUGCUUAUAACAAGUGGUGGACAUUUCAAUUGAGCAAGACAUACUUCUGAUGUUUGCUAUAUCAAUUUGUAAAACAAGUUCUGAAUGUUAAUUUGAUAGUGCUUUGGUCGCCUUUAGAAAUGUUAACUUUAAGACUUUUUAAAUUAAUUGAUCUUUGUAUUUGUAUAGAUCAUAUUUGGUAUUUUAUGAAUGUAAGUUUAUAGGAAUGAUUGUUUUUGUAUGAAAAUGUGAUGUUGAAAAUUAUGAAUGUUUCAUAGACCAGAAUGAUAUUUUGUUGUAUAAUGUAGCAGAAAUGCAUUGUAAAGGGGGAACAACUUGGAUUCGUGAAAUAUUUUCCAUUUGUGAUAAACUUUUCAAUUUCUUUGGAUGAUAUUAAUAUUAUGGUAUUUAUUAGAAAGAAAUGCCAGAUAAGAUCUCUAACUUCAUAUCAAAUAUUGGUACAGGUAAAAUAUAUAUGAACAAAUCGUGUUUUGAUUGGUUGAUUUAGUACUAAAUGUAUUAAUUUUGUGUAUUGUUAUAUUUAUAGAAAUGGUUUAGAUGUAGGUGCUUUAAUGUAAAUAUUUACUAUUUAUAGGUAUUUGUAGUACUGACCCAUAGCUUACAAAGCUAAGGCAAUUUCAAUGGACUAUUUUUCAUGCACAUAACAGUGUUCUAGCUUGGAAAUUUUGGUAGAGGGCCCAAUUUUGGAAAUGGGCAUGUUAGUUGGGUUUACUGUAUCAAAAGGGAAAAUUAUAUCACAUUUUGAGAUAAAAAUUGGAAGAAUUUCUAUAAGGUUAAUGUAAUUUGUUUUCUUAAUUUAUAGUUUUAUAAGGUUUUAUAAAGCUUUUUUAGUAAGGGUAGUUAAAUCAUUUUUUUUUGUGCAUUGAACAUAUAUUUAUUUAUCAUUCAAAAAACAAUAAUGCCUAAAGCAGGACUAUAAGGACAGAGGUGAACUAUGCCUCUCAAUUUUGGUUAUCUAGGACACUGCUUAGCAUGCACUUUUGAAAGCAUGUACUUAUAUAAAUUUUUCAGUAUAAAAACAAAUGACAAUUACAUUUUUGGUUAGAGAAAACCUCAUUUACCUGGUACUGUCUAAUUAGCAGUUGUUAUCAAAUACUGAAAUAGUCUGUUUCUUUGUAUUUUGGCGUUUGUUUUUUGUUGCACUUCAUUGAUUCUGUUGUUCCAUUAUUUUCCUCUUAUAGUCGAUGUGUUUUCAUCAGAUUUAGUUGGUAACCCUGAUUGUUUUCUCUCAAUCAAUUUAUAACUUUAUUUAAGAACUGUCUAAAUUUAUGAAACCAACCUUCCUUGAGGGAUUUCGUAAUAAAAAUAUCACAAUAUGGGGACUAUACUAUCAAUUUUCUAUAGUGAAACUAUCUGUGAUGCAUGUACAUUUACAAAUAACAUCUUGCAUACUUAAUGCUUAGUCAGUGUUUAAAUUGUUCAAAUGUAUCUAUAAUGAUGUACCUAUAAAUUGAUGCUACAAAUGAACUUAUACAAUGACAUAUUUUUAUAUCUUUGGACUUUAAUCGAGAUUUGUCUCAUUGUGACCACACCUUUGUAUUUUUAUCCUACUGAUAGGUUAGGCACAUGAAAAUGUUAUUUGUUUAUCUCAAUUGUCCUUUUUGAAUCUCAAUCAAGUUAAAAGGAAUGCUUUCAAUGAAGAUAAGUAAAAAAAAUGAGUACUUAAUCUAUAGUACUAAAUUUACGAUAGGCAACUAAAAGUCCUUUACAGUAAGAUAUGAAAUCUUUCUGCUCUUUCCAUACAUUUUUGAAACUUCAUUAAAAAAAAUCAGGUAUCUUUGCAAAUAAACAAUUUCUUUCAAAGAA